GGAUAAAAAUAGAUAAAAGAGACAAAAUACGUUUGAAAACCGAAAUACUCCAUUAAUAAUAUCUCUGACUUUCUCUUUCCUUCCAUGUUCCAUCCUCGUCUUCUCCAUCAUCAAAAAAAUCUCACAUUCACAUAUAAAUCAUAGUAGUUGGGUCUCCUCUUUCUCUCUGUUUCUUUCUCCCUUUCCAUCAUACACACGGAAAAAUCAACGAGAUCAAAGUCUUCCAAAAGCACUCUUAUUCACUGACAAUCUUCACUCCAGAAAAGGAUGGGUAUGGAAGUUGCAGGAUCUGAGAUGCCCAAGAUGAAUGGUGAGGUGAAAUCUAAAUUGCAGGAGGAAGAAGUUGGUAUGAACAAUGUUUCUGAGGCUAUUACAUUCGGGUCGCAUGGUGUUGAUGAAGUAGAGACUAAAGGAGAGGAAGAUAAUGUCUCAAAUGCCAACAUUGCUAAGGAUAAUGCAGGUUGGGCUGAGAUGCAAUGCCAUUACUUUUGGUUUGUCAAACGUAGACCUUUGGAGGACGCGAGCUUGAAGGAGAAAAUUGACUAUACUGAGAAAGAAAUUCAGAAGUAUCAACUGCAAAUUAGCAGGUUAUAUGAAGAUAUCAAGGCUAAAUCGUCUGAGAAAAAUGAGCUGUAUGAAGAGAUAAAUGUUUUGUCAGAUGAGAAUCAACAAUAUCGAGCAUUUAUUACUGAAAAAAGAAAGGAGAUGAAGCCAUUGCAGAGUGCUUUAGGAACCUUGCGUGGUGGUGGUGGAGAGAAAGGAUUUAGCAUAUGUUCGAGUGAGGCGGAACUUAAUCAGAUUAUCCGAAGUUUGGAGUAUCAAAUUCAACAUGAAAGUAUGUCGCUGAAGGAGGAGAAACAAAUUCUCAGGGAAAUCAAAGAAUGGGAAGCUACUCGGCCCAAAGUUAUUGCAAAUAGUGCCGAGAGAGCAAAGAUUCAGGAAGCAUUGGGGCAAAAGGAAGCUAUCCUGGAUCAGGUCAAGCUUUUAGGUACUGAUGUGGACGGAGUGCGGAAGCAGCAGGCAGCAGUCAAAGCAAAAAAGGACAGUUUAGGCCCACAACUGGAUGCGGUAAAACUUCAGCUGGGAGCACUAAGAAAGGAUCUGGAUAUUGUUAAGAAAAAGAAGGCGGCAGCAGUUCAAACAAUGAAAGAACUCAGGGAACAGCGAGAUAAAGGGAAUGCGCCUUUUUAUAAUGAAUAUCGACCCAUGCUCACCAAUGCGAAGGAUAUUGCUGUGAAGAAAGACGUGAAGGCUCUUGAGGAACUUUGUUCCACUGAGGUUGAGAAGUUUAUGUCCCAAUGGAACCGCAGCAAGGCUUUUAGGGAUGAUUACGAGAAGAGAAUAUUGAAAUCACUGGACUAUCGGCAGAUGAGUAGAGAUGGACGGAUAAGGAAUUUUGAUGAGAAGCCAUUGGUGACAGAUUCACCAAGACCUGAGCCGGUUGUAGCAGCUAAAGCUAUGCCGAAGCAACAGAAAGAAGUUGAAAAUACUACUUCCACAGCAGAAAAAUUACCUGCAGGAAAGGUUCAAAAAGAAUCUAAAAAGGGUAAUAAAGAGCUAAAAUCUGCUUCGGAACAAGUAGUGGAGGAAGAGGAGAUCUUUAUGGUAGAAAAACCGAAAAAGGAUGUUCGAAAAAAUGACGAACGGGAUGUGAGGGAGAUGAAGGAAGAAGAAAAGGAAAAACAAAGACAGGCAUUGGAGAGAAAGAAAAAGCUGCAAGAGAAAGCUGCUGCCAAGGCAGCUGCUAGGGCUCAGAAAGAAGCUGAAAAGAAGCAAAAGGAGCGUGAAAAGAAACUGAGGAAGAAAGAAGCUUCAACUUCACAGCCAAACAUUGAAGAAGAGCAAACCGAAAAGUCUGAACCUGAUGAACCUGAAAACUCGGAAAGUCUGGAUGAGGCCAUUGAAACUCCUGCCCCCUCCAAAGCCAAAGUGCAGCCGAGCUCAUUGAGACACAGGAAACCCAUAAAAACACGAGGCGCUCCCCCAAAAGCUAUACUAAAAAAGAAAAAGUCGGAUAAAUAUUUGGUUUGGGGAUCCAUAGCUGCUGCUACUGUUGUUGGGUUUAUGUUGCUUCUUGUUGGUUACAAGUACUUUCUCUAAGUCGGAACCUCUUAUCCCUUGAGGGGGAACUAAAGACCAAUACUUGGCCUCCCUAGUGUAUUAUGUUGUUAAUGUAGCAUUAGACUGGUGGUUUACGUUUUUUCGCAUAAUUUGGGGAUGGACAAUCAAUCGAUAACGAGGUGUCUGUAGCUCAGACAAAAACACUUAUACAGUAGUAUCGCUAGACAGACUGUUUUCGUAGUGUUUUUUUUUUGCCUUUUCUGUUUUGCCUGUAUUUCUAAGUUUUGUUCUUUUUGUUUUGAUCUUGAAAGACCUUUGAGAGUUCGUUGAGUUGUGUAAGACCUUUUAAUGAGUUUAGAAUUUGAUUAUGCUUUA